AUGGCGGCGCCGGCAUCAUACGAGAGCGUCGCGUGUCCGAACUGCGAGCGGCGCGUCGCGUUUGGGGUGCUGAACGAGCACCUAGACAAGUGUCUUGCGGGGGGAGAGGCAAGGGACGAAAAAAAAAGCGACGCGCGGGGCGAAAAACGGACGGCAAACGACGCGGAUCUGCCGCCGCGCACGGACGUUGCCCCCAGCGAGGGACGCGCACGGCCGCCCCGCGACGCGCUCGAGCUGUCCAAGCCGUUUGCGGAGCGCAUGCGGCCGCGGUCGCUGGGCGAGUAUAUCGGGCAGGCCGAGGUCGUAAAAGGCGCGCUGCAGGCGCUCCUGCGCCGCGGCCAAGUGCCGUCGAUGGUCCUGUGGGGCCCGCCGGGCUCGGGCAAGACGACGCUCGCGCGCCUCGUUACGCGCGAGGCGACCGCCGCACUCACGCGCGAAAAUCCGAGCGCCGCGCCGUACCGCUUUGUGGAAAUGUCGGCGACCGUCGCGACGGUCGUCGAGAUGAAAAAGGUCAUGGACGAGGCCGUGCACCGCCUCCAGCUCACCGGCCAGCGCAGCGUGCUGUUCAUCGACGAGAUCCAGCGGCUGAAUCGGACGCAGCAGGACGUGUUUCUGCCCGCGCUCGAAAAAGGCCACCUCACGCUCCUCGCGGCCACCACCGAGAACCCCUCGUUCCGGCUGCAGAGCGCGCUCCUCUCGCGCAUGCGUGUCGUGGUCCUCUCGAAGCUCUCGGUUCCCGAUACGAUCCUCGUCUUGCGGCAGGCGAUGGGCCGCGUCCAAGACGACGGCGACGCGAUCCCGCCGUGGCUCGACGAUGCGCUCCUCGAAUGGAUCGCACAGAUUUCCGACGGCGACGCACGCGCCGCGCUCAAUGCCCUCGAACUCGCCUUGGUCACGGGCGACGAAAAAGCGUCGCACGAAGCCAACGUCGCGCAGCUCAAGGCGGCGCUGAAGCGCACCGCGCUCAAGUACGACCGCGCGGGCGAUGCACACUAUGAUACCAUUAGCGCGCUGCACAAAAGCAUCCGUGGCUCAAAUCCCGACGCGGCACUCUACUGGCUCGCACGCAUGGUCGCCGCGGGCGACGACCCCCUGUUUAUCGCGCGGCGCCUCAUUGUAUGCGCGUCCGAAGACUGCUGCUCGCCCGAGAUGCUGAACCUCGCACUGGCCACCUACCGGGCGUGCGAGGUGGUGGGCCUCCCCGAGUGCGGCAUCAACCUCUCGCACUGCGUCGCGACGCUCGCCGAGCACCCCAAGUCCACGCGCACCUACCGCGCGUGGAAAAAGGCACUGAGCAUGGUCGAAUCCGAGUUUAAUUAUCCGGUGCCGCUGCACAUCCGCAACGCGCCGACCUCGCUUAUGAAAAAUCUCGGCUACGGCGCCGAGUACCGCUACGAGCCCUCAUUUGCACACCCCGUCCACCAAGAGUUCUUUCCCCCAGAGGUGCGCACGACGCGCUUCCUCUCCCCGCCCCCCGACGCGGCCGAGGUGGAGCAGGUGAUGGAGCGCGCGGCUGGCACCGGCGUGUAUGCGUGCCAGCGGCAAUUUCAGAUCGGCGCGCGCGCCGUCGAUUUCGACCUCCUGGACGAGUGGGAGCGCAAGCACAACGACGGCGCGCCGUGGCGCGGCCGCGCGGCGCUGGAGGCCGCCGCGCCCCCCGCCCCGGGCCACCCUUCAUAG